AUGGCCAACGCCGACAUUGCCGAAGAAUACGGCGUGGCCUCGUCCCUCGAAGCGCUCUCCACGGCCAUGUACUUGUUCGGUAUGGGGUCCGGUGCUCUCUUUGCCGGACCGCUAUCCGAAACCUUUGGUCGAAGCCCGGUCUACCUGACCUCUACUUUCUGUUACAUCUUUUUCGUUCUUGGCUCCGCCCUGAGGCCGACAUUUGGUGGACAUGUUGCAUGUCGGUACUUUGUUGGCUUGUUUGCGAGCGGAACUCUGGGCAGCAACGGAUCGAGUGUACAGGAUCAGUUCCGUUUUGUUGGGAGGACAUUUGCUUUUCCUGUAAUUGCUUGGGCAAACGUUGCAGGCAAGCCUCUCUUUGUCCCGCUAUCCAAAUCUCCGGUCAUCGCACCAAUUGCAGGCGGAUUUAUCAUCGCGGACCCGUACCUCGGCUGGCACUGGACAGAAUGGGUAACGCUCGUCAUCUCCGGCACCGCUUUUUUGGCCUCCUUCCUCUUCUUACCCGAGACUUAUCUGCCCAAACUUCUCGAGUGGAAAGCCGAACACCUCCGCCGCCUCACCAACGACCAGCGUUACGUGUCCGCGCAUGCUCAAAACCUCCGACAGAGAUCCUUUGCCCAACGCCUGAGAACUCGCCUCUCGCUUCCACUCAAGUUCAUCCACACCGAGUCCGUCAUCACAGUCCUGGGAGUCUAUCUCAUUCUGCUCUACACCCUCCUCUUCACCUUUUUGUCAGGCUUCGACCAAAUUUUCCGCCAAGCUCAUGACCUCGACAAGGGCCAGACCGGCGCUUGUUUCGGCGCCCUUGCAGCCGGUGCCACCUCCUUCAUGCUCGCAGUACCGGGUCUCUAUCUCUGGGCCCGCCGCCGCGAAGCGCGUCUCGUAAGCAGUACACAGGAUGCAAAUACCACGCUCGAGCCCGAGUUCCGGCUGUUUCCCGGCUUUGUGGCCGGCCCGCUGCUUCCGGCCGCCUUGUUCUGGCUGGGCUGGACGGACGUGGAGAUGAUACCCAUGUGGUCUGUACUGGGGGCAUGCUUCCUUUUCGGUCUGGUCUUGAUGGCCCUCUAUACCAGCAGUUACGGGUACAUUGUGGAUAGUUAUGGAGUGCAUGCUGGAAGCGCUCUUUCUGCUAUCACGAUGCUGAGGUAUAUCAUUGCUGGUGGCAUGGCUUUGGGGACGAGACCGUUGUUUACGGUACCGGGUUUUGGGGUGAAAUGGACCAUGACGGUCCUGGGAUGUGUGGCGGUUGUUCUUGCGCCGGCGCCGUUUGUGUUUUGGAAGAUGGGGCCAAAGUUGAGGAAGAGGAGUGCGUACGCUAUUAGUUCGUGUGAGAAGUAGUGGGUAUUGUGGUAUACCUUGAACUUUUCAUUGCUGUAUACGUUUUGGAUCAAAGUUAUUAAUAUUGGACAUUCACUUGAAAGAAGUCACACUGUCGUCACAAUCGGAAACUAAAAACAAAA